UCAACACGAGAGCUUCGAAUCAACUUGCCGAGGGUCAAGAUAGAGCGUGGUCAAUGUCAGAGUUUCCGUUACGAACAGGAAUUCACAAUUAUACCUUUGAUGAUUACUGGCGUUAAAUUGUGAGAUAAAGGAGAAAGAGACAAGACGGAAACCUUCCCUCCCCCUCUAGCACUUUCUCAUCAGUACCCCCCAUCCACACAUCAUGUCAACUCAAAUGUCCAAACUGGUUACAUUUGCACUGCGCUCUGUUUCCUGCCAUACUCGCAGCAGUAGAUUCUGUGUGCACCAUGCGGUUUAUGGUCCAGUGGGACCCUGUGGGCUCUGUGUUCCUGUUGUAUCCAUGCUCCAAAGAAGGGCCUAUAGUCUAGACUCUUUAACAAUGGAUCCCGGUUGGCCCACAAUUGGCCCUUCAUCUCAGCAGCACAGUGCUGAGAGGACCUCGCCUUCCUCUGCACACACACACAGAAACUUAUCGGCUGUACAGGGCCAGUGUCGUCCUCUAUGCCGAUAUGACUUCCUGGACAUUGGGGAAGUAGAAGAAAACAUCCGCCGAGCUAAGACAUGUAAAAGCUUCAGAUACUUCGUUGUAGACCCAGCCCUGGCUGAAAUAGUAACUCAACACCUAGGACCUGACCUAGAUGAUACCAAGACUAUUAUCUUUGAAUGUAACCCAGGCCCUGGGGUGCUGACUCGGACACUGCUGAAUGCUGGAGCUCAAAGAGUGGUAGCUCUAGAGGCGGAUAAGUCCUUUUUUAAUGAUAUGCAGGAGUUGAAGGGUUGUGUUGAUGGUCGACUAGAAACAGUCCACUGUGACUUUUUCAAACUGGAUCCUUUCGGCACUGGGCCCAUUAGACCCCCCGCCAUGUUCACUGACAAGCUCUUCGCUGACCUGGGCAUAUCAGAGGCUAGCUGGACGGAUGACAUCACAAUGAAGGUGGUGGGGAUCAUGCCGGUGCGUAAUGAGCGAGCCAUGCUGCUUAAGAUGGUCUACAAUCUGUUUGAACAACUGUCUGUCUAUAGAUAUGGUCGGGUAGAGCUCAACCUCUUCAUGAGCGAAGGGGAAUACCUGAAACUCAUGUCUCGUCCUGGUAACAAGAUGUUCUAUAGAGCCUUUUGUGUCCUUUGGCAGAUGGCCUGUGAUAUCAAACUACUGCACAAGGAGCCUUGGGGGUCAUUUGUGUCAUCUUCAAAAAAGGCUGCAAUUAUUCCAAAGGGCAGGCUCCCUAAUGACCACCUGUGCCUUGUGCGUCUACGGCCUCGUGCGGAUCUGUUCUCAGCAGGCCUUACACCUGCUAAUGCUGGCACGCUACUGCAAAUGGUCAAACAAUGUCUGGCCAAGAGACAAGUCAAGCUCAUUGACAGGCUCAAUCUCUGGUCUCCAGACAGUGGUAGUAAAUUAUUAACAGAGAUGGGCAUGCCGCAAGACAUACUGACAGGCGAAAUGUUACCAGAAGAGUACCUGAGACUGUUCCAACUGAUGGAGAAGAGCCAAGAGUUUACCCAGAGCUGGCUUUAUGAGGAAAUCCUGGAAAACACACAGAGAGUGGGCUGGGUCUGAAACAUACACAUCCAUGAAUUAUGUGGAUAUGUUUAUAGAAAUCAUACACCAAAAAUGAACAUAUAAUAUAAUAUAAAUUAUAUUGUAUUGUAAAAACAUACUUGGCUCACUUGAAUUAUAAUACACAGACAAAUCCAAACCAUAUGUCCACACAGUGCCACAUAUCCAUAAAUCAUAAAAAACAAGGCUGGAGAAAAAAAAGAAGAAAAAUAAGCAUAGCUGACUGGAACAGACUCACAUCUAGCAAAAGUACUUUCAAUUGCCACUCAGCAUGAGCCAUUAUGGACAUUUCAUUUGGAAUGAUUGAACAGAUGGGGGGAAAAGGUAAGAUGGGAUACAAAAACUGAAGUCCAAGUUAUUAUAGGUAUAGUCCCAAACUUUACCUAAGAGAUCAUGACUUAGGACCUUAUAUUAGUUGCAGAGAUGUUUUGGGAUUUUUAUAAGUCCUGACAACACUUGUAAUGUAAUUUUCCUCUAACUGGGAAGAAAGAGACUAAAAUGUGUUAGAGAAAUGAGCCUAAGAGGAAAAUGGUUUUAAGAUUUUCUGCCGAGUGAAAUUCCCUUUUGCCAGAAAUUGUGGAAACGACCAAAUUUCUGCACAUUUAAGGGAGUUAUGAUACAGGAGGCUCUCGGACACUAGAUAGGCACUACAACAUCAGAUUGAAGUUUAAUCAAAAAGAAGUUACAAUCCUGUUAUUUAUUUGCUGGAUGGUUGUGCAAAACAAUGGUUCUGCUAAUGUGUCAUGGCAAUAGACAUUGUACCCUUCUCCAUUAGUACUGCAGAUUUGUUAUAGAAAUCCUCUUGGGUAGAGUAAUGGUGAAGUAAGCAUGCAGAGAAAAGGAGGUUGUCCCCUCCUGUCCUAUUGUAACCAUAUGGCUUGUAUAUUUUUGUGUAUCAGCAUUUGAGUGUACAUAAACCAAUCCAAAUGUUUGAUGGUCUUAGUUUUAUAAAACAUGUUAGCAAUAAAUCUAAUGAUAUGUAUUUUUAACAAUUCACUGAAUAUGCAUUUUGGUAAUGGUGGUUGAAGACCAACUUGAUUCUGGCCUUGCUUAAAUAUUCCUGCAUAACAAGACAACCCCAUGUUCAGGGGAGUCUGUACAUUCUCACCAUGUGGAUUGUUAGUCUGUGGAACUGAAACAUUGGAUCUGCAGGUCCUUUAAUUUUGCCUACAUGUCUUUUCAUUUCAGAACGGUUUAGCCCACAUUCUUUUAUGUAAGUACAGUUAAGGUCAAAAUUGUUAGCCCCCAAGGAACUAUGAAACAUUUCCCUAAAAUUCUGCCCAACGUUUGCAUCAUUCAUAAAAAUUUACAUAGUAAAACAUUCAUCAAUGUUAAGGCCCCUAUUUGGUACGUUUUGGAAUGUAAAAUAAAUCUUCAGGUUUGCUUUUUACCAAAUGUAGUGAAAAUUGAGGUGGUCAAAAUUAUUAGCCCCCCAUGUGAUUUUUUUUUUUUUGCUUUCAAAACACACCUGAGCAAUCAAUCAGCUUUCAAACCACACCCGAGCAAUCAAUCAGCAUUGAACUUUACUUAAGGGACUCCAAUGAACAGGGCUAGUGGCACUUGAUUGAGAGGGACUACUCUUAAAUUCUUGGUAAGAAAUAAUU